UCCAAUCUCCUGUCCCAGCGCUCCCUGAUUUUCCACCUCCACCCUCAGUCAGCAGGCAAGGGGGUUCUGAUGGGCGCCUCCUUGAACUCCACCCCUUCGAUUUCAGUUUCCUGGAAAGGAACCCAACAGCUUGUGAGGGUUCUUAUGGACUCGGGCGCUGACGCCAGUUUCAUGUGCUCUACCCUGGUCAACCAACUCAAGAUUCCCACGUCACUUCUGGCCACGGCCCUCCAGACCAACGCCCUCAAUGGCACCCCUCUGGCGGAAGUCAAACAACAUCACCUCUCCAGUGGGGACCCUGGUCUCGGUGAUCAGAGGAGUAAAAAGGUAAAGGACAGAAAUAAGUCAGAGGUUAAGGACUGAGAAUAGAGAGAGAGGUAGAGUACUGAAAAAUAGAGGGAGAGAGAGGCUGAAGAUGCUGUGGCUUCUACGUGGAGUGAGGCUGCGCUGCUGGCUUACCCUGGCCACAGGGCUGGUGGAGAGCCUGUUUUUUACUGGGGUUGUUUUUGGGUGGCCCUCCCUUGUGUUUAUCCUGAAAGCUAGUGGGUACUUCAGCGACCAGUGUGUGAAUGCCACAGGACCCAAUGGCACACAGUACAUGGACUGUAGCAAACAGAACAAGCUCUUCUCCUUGGUUUUCACCAUCACCGUCAUCUUACAGAACUUCCUCAGUCUUCUCAAUGGAUUCUUCUUUGACCGCUUCGGUACCAUGGCAUCCAGACUGCUGGCAAUAAUACUGAACACCACUGGUACCUUGUUGAUUGCUUUUUCACAUCCAGAGAUAUCCAAUAUACUGUUUCCGGGUCUGGCCUGCAUCGCAUUUGGAAGCAGCAUGUUAUUGCUCACAAAUAUGCAGGUGGGGAGCCUCUUUGACACCCAUCAUUCCACCGUCAUCACUUUGUAUACCGGAGCCUACAGCUCCUCUGCCAUCACCUUCCUCAUCAUCAAGGUAAAAGCAGUUAAGAUGAACUGUAGUCAGAUCAAGUGCAACCGCUGUUGUCUCACAAAAAAAGCACAGAGAGACAACACAGAGCCUGUGCAGGGAGAGGAAGGGAUAGGGAAUGCAACAUCUGAACAAGGAAACCCCCAGCAGACCCCACAGACAGACAGUUUUAAGCAGUGUGUGCUCAGUUGGUUGUUUCUGUGGCACCUGGUGUGGGUGUCAGUCACGGCUCUGCGGCACCUCCUGUUCAUUGGCACCCUGAACCCCAUGCUGACCCUGCUGGCUCACGGAGACACAGCCCAAGUGAGCCACUACACCAACGCCUUCGCCUACACACAGUUAUGUGGGAUACUGUGCGCCAUCUGGAAUGGCCUGAUCAUUGACAGAUACAAGGGCAAGCUACGGGCCGAAGGAGAGACAGAGGAGGAGGGUAGCCUGCGCUCUGUGGUGCUCUCCCUCUUCCUCACUGCCCUGCAGUGCCUCUUAUUCUCCAUCUGCGCCACCAUACCUGUGCUCCCGCUGCAGUACCUGACUUUUGUCCUGCAAGUGGUCAACCGUGCCUUCUCGUUUGGAGGGAAUGCAGCCUUCAUCAGCAUUGCUUUUACAGUCUGUCACUUUGGUAAGCUAAUCGGUGUGGUUAACGCUGUAGUGUCUGCGGUGUUGCUCCUGCAAUUCCCCUGCAUCAUCCUGGUGAAUGAGGUGUUGAAUGGAGACCCCUUAUACAUAAACAUAGCCCUGUGCAUCCUGUGCCUGGCCACGUUCAUUCACCCGGCCUAUGUCUAUAUCCGCUGGCGCAGACUGGCCAAUCAGAGAAGAAGCUCCGCCCAGCCACCUCCCAACGAUGAGAACGCCUUCUCUGGAGACAAUGAAGACCAACCCCAGGAUGCCCCAGGCUCCUCUUAGACACCCCCAAAAUGAACACUCACAAUGCCUCAGGCCUACUGUUUU